UCCUCAAUACCAAUUGGCUAGACUCUAUCAGCUGCAGUUGAGCUCAAGCUGCUGCUAAAGAGCAGUAUUGAUCUGAAGGGUAAAUGUGUAGGGACUCACAGAGAGAGAUUCAGUCAUUUCUGAGAAGAGAGACAACCUCUUCCAGGAAGAAAGUGUUUUCCACCUGUCUGCCAUGCCUGUGAGAUCCUUUGUGAAUGAAGGGGGACACCAAAAAGGGCAGUUUCAUGCCAGAAUGAUUUAGAGGGAAAAAAGGUAUUACCACAGUACAAGCUACUGUGCAUGCUGUUGCUGCUCUUGCUGUUGCUACUGCAGUUUCAUCUGGCAGACAACUGGAUUUACGGAGAGAAGCGGAGACUGGAGAAAAGGAGGGAGAAAGGAAGGUACUGGAACUUUCUUCUGCACUUCCAAUAUGGUGGACAAGCAGUUUUGCCGGAUCAGGCUAUUAAAGCAUUCCUAUUAAGAUUUUAGUGACCAAUCAAGUGGUGACUUUGAAGAAUGAAGCCAGCUAACGUGGCAUCAUAAACUCAGACAUUGAGGAGUUCAACACAAACGAAAAAAGGCUGUACAGUAUGCAGCUACCUGGAUGGUGUUGAUUGAAAACUUAGAUUGCCCCCAAAUCACCACUGAUUUGACUGAUGUCUUUGCUAUAUCAGAGAGAGGAUUUCAAUUAAGCAACGCAUUUUUCUUCAGAUGAAAACUUUGGUGAAGCUAGUGUAUCACUAACUUCACGUGCUUCUCCUGUGUUCUCUCCUUACAAUUCAUUCCAGCAGACUAGCUGAUGGCUGAGGUUCUUUCCAUGUCAUCCCAGUGCUGGCUGUGACCUUCUCUGUCCAGGUGCAUCAACUAUCUGCCACAACUUCACUCUUAUCAUCUCCACUGCUGAACUGACACCGAGCCUGUGGCUACCUCAAUUGACCUGUCCCUUUAGAUGGAAUUUAAUGCAGCAAAAAUCUUGUCAUCAGAAGGAUUAAUGUCUGCAUUAGCAUUUCUGCAAUAAAAUCUGAAGCUAAAUCUUGGAGGCCACAGACAGCUCAAACUUGGAUUCUACAGCUCUGCAUUAAGUGCUGGAGUUUUUAUUACUUGCUGUAGGAAAGCCUUUGCCAAUGCUUACAAGGAACAGUUUAUCCCUGCUUCUUUGGGUCCUGUUUGACGGAGGUCUCCUAACACCACUGCAUCCACAACUACAGCAGACUUUAGAAGCAGAGCCAAGAGAAAAUGUUGUCACAAUGCCAGGGAGGAGGUCAUCCUUCCAGAGGGUCAAACGAGGCUGGGUAUGGAAUCAGUUCUUUGUGCUGGAGGAAUACAUGGGCUCUGAACCCCAGUAUGUGGGAAAGCUUCAUUCUGACUUGGACAAGGGAGUGGGCACUGUUAAGUAUACCCUCUCGGGUGAUGGAGCUGGCACGGUGUUUACCAUUGAUGAGACCACAGGGGACAUACACGCCAUAAGGAGCCUUGAUCGAGAGGAAAAACCUUUCUACACACUCCGUGCUCAGGCUGUGGAUAUAGACACCAGAAAACCACUGGAGCCUGAAUCAGAGUUCAUCAUAAAAGUGCAGGACAUUAAUGAUAAUGAGCCAAAGUUCCUAGAUGGGCCAUAUGUUGCCAGUGUUCCAGAAAUGUCUCCAGUGGGGGCCUACGUACUUCAGGUCAAAGCUACAGAUGCUGAUGAUCCAACAUAUGGAAACAGUGCCAGAGUAGUUUAUAGCAUUCUUCAGGGACAACCAUAUUUCUCCAUUGAUCCUAAAACAGGUGUAAUAAGAACAGCUUUGCCAAACAUGGACAGAGAGGUCAAAGAACAAUAUCAAGUCCUCAUCCAAGCCAAGGAUAUGGGAGGACAGCUGGGAGGAUUAGCUGGAACUACCACUGUAAACAUAACUCUCACCGAUGUCAAUGACAACCCACCCAGAUUUCCCAAGAGUAUCUUCCAUUUGAAAGUACCCGAGUCCUCACUUGUUGGUGCAGCUAUUGGAAAAAUCAGAGCUGUGGAUCCUGACUUUGGGAAAAAUGCAGAAAUUGAAUACAACAUUGUUCCAGGAGAUGGAGGGAAUUUAUUUGACAUCACCACAGAUGACAACACCCAAGAAGGGGUCAUCAAACUGAAAAAGCCAUUAGACUUUGAAACAAAAAAGGCAUAUACCUUUAAAGUAGAGGCUUCCAAUGUGCAUCUUGAUCAUCGAUUCCACUCUGUGGGUCCGUUCAAAGAUACAGCCACAGUGAAGAUCAAUGUGUUGGAUGUGGAUGAACCUCCAGUUUUCAGCAAGCCUGUGUACACCAUGGAGGUUUAUGAGGAUACUCCUGUUGGGACCAUUAUAGGUGCUGUAACUGCACAGGACCUUGAUGUUGGCAGCAGUUCUGUUAGGUAUUUCAUAGAUUGGAAGAGUGAUGCCGACAGCUACUUUACAAUAGAUGGAUCUGAAGGAACCAUUGCAACUAAUGAGUUGCUGGACAGGGAAAGCACUGCACAGUACAAUUUCUCUAUAAUUGCAAGUAAAGUUAGUAAUCCAUUAUUAACCAGCAAGGUCAAUGUUAUAAUACAUGUCUUAGAUGUCAACGAAUUUCCUCCAGAAAUUUCAGUGCCAUAUGAGACAUCUGUAUGUGAAAAUGCAAAACCAGGACAGGUAAUUCAGACUGUCAGUGCUGCAGACAAAGAUUUGUCCCCUGCUGGGCAAAGAUUUUCCUUUAGACUGUCACCUGAGGCAUCCACCAAACCAAAUUUCACAGUCCAAGACUACAGAAACAACACAGCUGGAAUUGAAACCAGAAGAAGUGGCUACAGCCGUAGGCAGCAAGAGUUGUAUUUCCUCCCAGUUGUGAUAGAAGACAGCAGCUAUCCUGUACAGAGCAGCACAAACACAAUGACUAUCCAUGUUUGCAGAUGUGAUUCUGAUGGUACCAUCCUAUCCUGCAAUGUUGAAGCAAUCUUCCUACCAGUAGGACUCAGCACAGGGGCUCUGAUUGCAAUAUUGCUGUGUAUUGUUAUACUUCUAGUCAUUGUUGUGCUCUACAUAGCACUGCGAAGGCAGAAGAAAAAAGACACCUUGAUGACUUCUAAAGAAGACAUCAGAGACAAUGUCAUCCAUUAUGAUGAUGAAGGAGGUGGAGAGGAGGACACCCAAGCUUUUGACAUCGGUGCCCUGAGGAAUUCAAAAGCGAUUGAAGACAACAAAAUACGCAGGGAUAUAAAACCAGACACCCUUUGUCUGCCACGUCAGAAACCACUAGUGGAAGACAACACAGACAUUAGAGAUUUUAUUAAUCAAAGGCUGCAGGAAAAUGAUGUGGAUCCUACUGCACCCCCUUAUGAUUCACUGGCAACCUAUGCCUAUGAAGGAAACGGAUCUGUAGCAGAGUCUCUGAGUUCUAUAGAUUCACUUACUACAGAGGCAGACCAGGAUUAUGAUUACCUAGGUGACUGGGGACCCCGCUUUAAAAUCUUGGCAGACAUGUUCGGAGAAGAAGAAAAUUAUAACCCCGAUAAAGUCACUUAGGAGAGGGGGAGAAACCCCAAAGGAAAAAAUAAGAAAAGUAGACCAACGAAUUAAAAAUAAAACCCAAGCUUUAUAGGACAAGAUUCCCUUGAUUAUGAAAAGACCUGUUUCCAGCAAGUUACUAUAUUUAUCAUAUUGUCAGUUUUGAUUUGUUCUGCAAAGGGAGGAUAAAUCCUGUGAGACACUUUUUUUGUUGUUGUUUUUUGUUACUUUGGAAAAACACUGAGACAAGCUCAGGCCUAUUAGCUACAAUUUAAUGACAUGACAAUGUAGACAGAAGCUAGCUUUCUGGCAUCAUGGUGGAAGAGUGGUAGAUUUUUCUUAAUUCCACUAAAGUGCCUAUUGAAACUUUUAUCAUUUUAAGUGGUAAAGAUUCUGCUUUGAUGGCGUUACAGAACUGAACUGUAAACUGGAAAAAAAAGACAUUAACUUUAUGUCAAGAAGCAAUAGCAACAUGCUGACUUCUAGUUCUUUUAAAACAAAAAUGAAGAUAACUUUCUGGAGCACAUCCAGUGACUACAACUCAAGGGGUAGUGUUUUGGAUUUUAAUUUUAUUUUAUUGUAAGGAAUAAUAAUAACUGUAUGCCAAGAUAUCACAAUUCUUCUGCCCAUGUUUCACUGAAAAAAAUUAAUAAAAA